AGAAUUAGGGCAUGUCUAGUCACGAACAAGAAUCUGGCAUAUUUAACCUGCUCGAGCCACCAAAACCACCAGCGUGAGCAGAAGAAUGAGGAAAUUCGACCCAUGGCCCGUCUUCUUCAAGAGGGAGUUCAACCGUAACUGGCCCUUCCUCGUCGGGUUCGCCAUCACCGGAACCAUCAUCACCAAGUUCUCCCUCAACCUCACUGAGGAAGACCGCAAGAACUCCGUAUUUGCCCAAAGGCACAAGAGUUGAAGGUGUUCUUGACAGAGACGACGAGUGAUUUCAUGCUGUGGUUAUGUAGUAAUAAAGAUCUAAGAUUGCAGAUUCUUGUUGAACGCAUAUCAGGAUACAGUGUUUCUUAUAUUUUGAAUAUGAGUUUCGUAUUGGUUUUUGUUUCAAACUGUUACAAAGGCUAAAUCAGAAAUGUGAGCUUUGAAUAACAGAGUUAACUGAUUUUUGUGUUGUUAUGAAAAUAUCUGGGCUGGUUCGAGAUGGGUUUCUUUUCAA